AUGGCGACGCCUUCGCCGACAUCUUCUCCUCCGUCCGAUUCAAGCCCUAGUUUUGCCGCUACUUCGCCGCAGAAAAAUCCACAACCCUCGACCUCCUCCCAAUCGCAAAACACCCCCGUGGCCCUAGCCGCAUCGACCUCCUCCGCCGUGGCAAGAAAAAGCCAGCCGGUGCUAUGGACCCAAGACGAGACUCUCCUCCUAAUCGAAUCCCACAAGGAUAAAUGUUACUCUUCUGAGAUUAGGUCUUUUGCUGAGAGAGUAAUGGUUAUGGAGAAGAAAAAAAUGGAGUUUGCUGAAGAGACAGUGAAGCUGCGUAAGGAGAUGGAGAUCAAACGGGUGAAAUUGAUUCAGAGUUCUCAUGCUCAGCUUCUUCAGGCUCUCAAUACUUUACUGUCUUAG